AUGUCUACACUAAACUCAUCAAAUUUAAAUCAACAAAUUGAUCAAGCUGCUAAUAAUCAGCAACGACAACAGGAUCAUCAACAACAAAAUCAAGGAGCUGGUCAAAACAAUAAUAACCAGCUCAAUGAACGAGAUGAUCAAAAUCUUCUUAGCCAAAAACAACAACAACAAGCUAAUCAAUAUGCUAAUGAUCACAAUCAACAACAACACCAAGCUGAUCAAAAUAAUAAUAAUCAACAAGCUAAUCAAGGUGCUAUAGGUCAACGACAACAACAUGAUGAUCAAAAUCUUCUUAGCCAAAAACAACAACAACAAGCUAACCAAUAUGCUAAUGAUCAGAAUCAACAACAACAGAAUUGUCAAAAUAAUAAUAAUCAACAAGGUAAUCAAGGUGCUAACGCCCAGCAACAAAAACAAGAGGAUCGUCAAUCUGGUUGCGCUCAACAACAUCAACAAGCUGAUCAAGGUGGCGAUGCUCAACAGCAACACCAAGCCAAAUUUAUACAUUAA